CCUCUUUCGGAUUGGAGGUGUCUGUGUUUACGAGGUUUUAUUUCGCAACAAUCACGUUUAAAAUCAUAUUUUUAUAGGCAGACAGAGUCCCUUUAGGACGUUAAAAACAGCGUGUUUACAUACAAGUGGACACGCAGAUCUCCUCGCGCGAAAAGCCGCGCGAGGGAGUGUGAAAGCAGUGACGUGUAACAGCGGCUCCUCUGGUGACGUGUCUCUCCGGCUCUCUCUUUCCUCUCGGAGCGGCUGAUGGAGCCACACUGACUCCACUGAGCGGUCGAACUGAAGCCAGCAACACGGGCGUUGGGAUCCGGCAGCCAUGGGGAUUAAAUUUUUGGAAGUUAUCAAGCCCUUCUGUGCAGUCCUGCCAGAAAUACAGAAACCAGAAAGAAAGAUCCAGUUUAGAGAAAAAGUAUUAUGGACUGCCAUCACUCUCUUCAUCUUUUUGGUGUGCUGCCAGAUUCCUCUUUUUGGCAUAAUGUCAUCAGACUCGGCCGAUCCUUUCUACUGGAUGAGAGUAAUAUUGGCUUCAAACAGAGGUACUCUAAUGGAGCUGGGUAUAUCGCCCAUCGUCACCUCGGGCCUCAUCAUGCAGCUGCUGGCUGGUGCCAAAAUCAUUGAGGUGGGAGAUACCCCAAAGGACAGAGCACUCUUUAACGGAGCUCAGAAAUUGUUUGGAAUGAUCAUCACCAUCGGACAGGCCAUUGUUUACGUGAUGACUGGGAUGUACGGAGACCCUUCAGAGAUGGGAGCUGGGAUCUGCCUGCUCAUCAUCAUUCAGCUCUUUGUGGCAGGUCUGAUCGUCCUGCUGCUGGACGAGCUCCUUCAGAAGGGCUACGGUCUCGGUUCUGGUAUCUCUCUCUUCAUUGCCACCAACAUCUGUGAGACCAUUGUUUGGAAGGCCUUCAGUCCCACGACGGUCAACACCGGGAGAGGCACGGAGUUUGAGGGCGCCAUCAUCGCUCUCUUCCACCUGCUGGCGACUCGCACAGACAAAGUCCGCGCCUUGAGAGAAGCCUUCUACAGGCAGAACCUGCCCAACCUGAUGAACCUCAUCGCCACCGUCUUUGUGUUCGCCGUGGUCAUAUAUUUCCAGGGCUUCAGAGUGGACCUGCCAAUCAAAUCUGCUCGCUAUCGCGGUCAAUACAACACCUACCCCAUCAAGCUGUUCUACACCUCCAACAUCCCCAUCAUCCUGCAGUCUGCUCUGGUGUCCAACCUCUACGUGAUCUCUCAGAUGCUGUCGACGCGCUUCAGCGGCAACUUCUUGGUGAACCUCUUAGGAACGUGGUCUGACACCUCCAGUGGAGGACCUGCUCGAGCCUACCCAGUGGGCGGUCUGUGUUACUACCUCUCUCCUCCGGAGUCGUUUGGUUCUGUUCUGGACGACCCGGUUCAUGCUAUCAUUUACAUCGUCUUCAUGCUUGGCUCCUGCGCCUUCUUCUCCAAAACCUGGAUCGAGGUUUCUGGAUCUUCUGCCAAAGAUGUGGCGAAGCAGCUGAAGGAGCAGCAGAUGGUGAUGAGAGGACACAGAGAGACCUCCAUGGUGCACGAGCUCAACAGGUAUAUCCCCACAGCUGCUGCGUUCGGAGGCCUCUGUAUAGGCGGGCUGUCUGUCAUGGCAGACUUUCUCGGUGCCAUCGGUUCUGGGACGGGAAUCCUCUUGGCUGUUACCAUCAUCUACCAGUACUUUGAGAUCUUUGUCAAAGAGCAAAGUGAAGUUGGCAGUAUGGGAGCACUUCUCUUCUGAAUAUAAGUCAAUAAAAUGUCAACGUUCUGACACACCAGACUCAAAGAAAUACCCCUGAUUAUGUUUAUUUUAUUCUUUUGCAUUUCUUUGCAGUUUUCUCAGUGUACUGUUUGCAGCUGGGAUAGAUGUUUUUACUCUCCACCAAACUGCUCACUUGAAAAACUGUGAUUUCUCCCAGAUUUGAGCUCGCUAUUGAGUCUCUUCAGUCCUUUUAUUUGAUCGCAGUUCGCCGUCUGUCUGCCUAAAUUUCCAUUGACAAACGUGUCAAAGCACACAGCCGUGAGCACCUGUCUUUGACUCGCCUCAGGCGUUUUUAUUGUAGCUUCUUUAAAGAACACUAAGACACAACGGCAUGACGGCGCUCAUCCCGAACUGACAGCACAGCUUUCCAGCGGCGCCGUGCUCUAGCCUGAGGUUUCUAGAGCUUAGAUUAGGAUGUGAAAAGCAGAAAACCGUGUUUCUGUUGGAGUCAGAACAAUGUGAAGUCACAGACAGUGAUGUUCAUGAUGGUCCUUCAUUGGGCGUGGUGUUUUUUUCUGUCACCCGGUCCUCAAAGGACAGUGUUUCUCAAUGUCAUCGUGCUUUUUUUUCAUGUCUGCUGCAAAAUACCGGUCAGAAUGAGGAUGGAUUUGAAUGGUCUGAAAACGUUUUUUUUUUUUUUUUUACUUUAUGUAAGACAUUAUUGUGUUAUUAAAGAAGUGUUUUCCAA